AUGUUUCAACUCAAUGAGGAACAACAUGAUGCUUUGGCUGCCACGAAGGCAGCGAAAGGUGGAAUCCUCUUGAGCGAUGGUGUUCCUAGUGCUGGCAAGUCUCAUCUUGAGCCUGGACUUGUCAAGCCUCGUUUCAUGUCCAAGGACGUUAAAACUGUCAUCAUCUCAGCACCAUCCAACAAGGCAAGUUGA